ACACACACACACACACACACACACACACGCACACUUCAAGCUGUAGCUUCGUAAGGCGCUCAAACUUUCUUCCAGCAGCGCUGAGUCUGUAUCUGUAAAAAUGAGCGUGUCUAAAGCGUCCAAACUGAGGAAUCUCUUCACGAAGUCGAAGUCCCAGGAGAAGGAGAGCCGAGACCGGGACCUGCGCGACGGCACGCCGAGCCCGGAGCCCCUCAGCCCGGACGGGCUGCCUGCGAGCCCCGCGGACAAGAAGAAGCGACGGUUCGGGACAUGGAGGAGCAAGAAGAAAUCCCCCAGAGAAGUCAGAGACCCGCUGUUCUUCAGCAACACGGACGAGUUCGACACUAUUUCGAGUCAAAUGAGCUUCGACCAGCUGAGCAUCCGCACAGAGGACAACAUGAUGAUGUCUGACACCUGGUCCACCCUGCCCUCAGAGGCAACAUCAAUGAUGAGCCUGGACCUGUACUCCUCCACCCCGUCCUCUCCCACUCGACGCCACCGCAAGAGUUCAGAAGAAAAGGGAGGUGUGCUGAACCGAGUCGCGACAUUCUUCUCAAUAAAACGAAAGAACAAACCGACAUCCAAAGAUCAUGAGGAAAGUGGGUCACCAGCGACCAGUCCGGACAAUCCUGAGGUGUUCACAGACCUGAGGCAGUCCUCAGGUAGUUCGGACGGUGAGCAGGUGUUUGUCUCAGAGGUCAGACUUAAAGGUAGCCCCAGUGUCCACAGUGUUGCCUCCCUCAUCACAGAUGGAGGUGACCUGCCAUUCGCUGACAGCGAAAGCAGCAGCCGGGGGAGCGUGAGAGAGGUGACCCGGCCAGAGAAAGGAGAAGACGUGAAAACCCAGCGUCUGGUAGCAGAAGCCACAAGGAAAUUGCAGGUGUACCUGGAAGAGACCAGCGUGACCAACGGAGACGAGCGCCAGAUCACACAAACGACCUUUAAGAAAUGUGUUGAGGUUCCUGUGAAGAGUCCCUCUGAAUCUCAGUCUUCUGAACCUCAAGCUUCUGAACCAGAACUCAAAAGGACAGUUCUAAAAACCUACUUGGCAGGUAAAGGGAAUUACACCGCUCUAACUGGGGUCACCCUUGGCUUAAGGUCUAGAAACGAGUCGAGCUCUGAAAGUUCUUCAGAGCAAGCUGACGGUGAUAGCAACAUGGGGAAGAAAAACUCAGGUCGGAGGAGGUCACGGAAGCUGAGCGAUGGUUCCCGGGAGGUGCUCAGUCCUACCAAAGCUUCCUCGCCUGAGGCGGAGGAGGGGUCCUCCCUGGCCUCGCCCUCGCCCGUGCAGGUACACAAAGCUGUGUGGGUGGAAACGCACCUGGAGGAGGAAGAGAGCGACUCGCCUACUCUGGCCACACCUGUAGCCGAUAGCCCAGGUGAGAGCUCACCUGUGCUGGGGACGGACAGCAGCAGUGCCCCCUUCUCUCCGCUGGAAGAAGGUUCUGAACUCGCGUCAUCCGUUUCCUCCACUCAGGCCUCAGUGAGGAUUAAGACUGCCACCCGAGGAUCUGCAGAACCUCCCAGCAGCGUGGAGGAGGUCAAAUCUGAAAAACGCAGGAGCGUUAAGCUGUCCAAAAGUGAGAAGUUCUUUGCAAAGAAAAUCUUGGUCUCCUCGCAGACGAGUUUGGACAGGGAGGAAGAAGAAUCUACUCUAGAUGCAACUUCGGAUGUAACCUCGUCUCAAGUCCAGCAGAAAUCUGAAGUGCGAAUCCUGCCAAGCCACAAGAACGUUAAUGUGGAAAUCAAGCAGCUUAACCGGCAGUCAUAUGACUCUUUAGAAGAAAGCAAAGAGGAGGCUGAUGCAGAGUGUCGACUUGUUGAGGAUGAAGAGAGAUCCGCAGAACUAGAUGCUGAAGAAGAAUCUCAGUCAACAGAUAUGUCUGGAUUCAAAGGACAGGUCAAAAUUGUGGCAAGAAGUCAGCAAACCUCAACAGGAGCGUCUAGACGUGUGGAGAAAGCAGGCAGUGGAUCAAAUGUUGGGAGUAGUGGAAAAAACUCUGCUCCACCAGUAGCAGCUAAAACGAAGGCUGCUGUGGCUCAGGUUACAAGUUACACAGAGUCACAGAAGGAAGAAAAUGCACGAAAGACUGCUCAAAAUGGCAGAGAGAAAAAAGAAAGUAGAUCACCCACAACAAAGGAGCAGCCUGCUGCCUUCGGUAAGUUUUCUGACAAGUCAAAAAUUCCUAAGAAGGCUCCUGAGGUACCACCAAAACCAAAGAGAACUCGAGAGAAGAUCUCGUCACCUGAUUCACCUUCUAUGCUUCAGACACAUGAGAUGGCACAGGCAGGUAAAACUGUUACCAAACCCCAACCACCCCUCCCAUCAAGCAAAAGUGAAACCAAGUCACCUGUUGAGGAUGAGGUUACUAUAGGUUUAGAGGCUAACCAAGCGUCAAGGACUUCUUACACCAAAGAGCAAGAGCCAAAGAAAGAGAACAUAUUAAAAUCAUUAAGCACCAAUGACAAAACUGACUCUUCACCUACUUCUCCUAGCUUAGAAGAACCUACAUCUAAUGACUCUAAGGGAGCUGUAAGGUCCAAAAUACUGUCACAACCACAAACUGCAAUUGAAAAACCUCAGGCAUCCAGGAGUAAGUUGCCGCCUUCACCCACAGUCAGAAAGAUUACGGACUCAAAACGCAAAUCGACAGAUUCUGGUAAUAAGAGUCCUAAAUCUUUCAGCAAAGCAGAAAACAUGCCGCUGUCUCCAACAGAGCAGAGCAGCAUAAAGGUAACAAAUGAAACUCCCCUCACCAGGACAAAAAGUCCAAAAAAACACAAAGCUGAUGCAUCACCUACAGGAAGUAAGCUGCCUCGCCUGACCUCGCCCAACGCUCCAAAACAGCCCUCGGAGGAAGAAGUUGACCACGGAGAAGAUGACUCACCCAGGCAUCCCUCACGCUCUGAUGCCAGGCUGGAGCAUGAUGAUGAUUCAUCCACAGUUAACGGUCCUCUAAGCAGAGGCCAGUCGACUGAACGUGACCAAACUGCUGGGAAUGUUGUGGUGAAAGCCUUACCAGAGGCUAAACUCAACAGACCCGUAAAGGAGCUGAGCGAUUUUCCGACGGCAGGCAGCAGUAUACCAGCGCCACGUCAGAAAAGCCCCACAAAACCUAAACAUAGAACAGAAGUGGAAAAAGUGAAAGUACAAGACAGUGUGGACUCACAAACUCCAGCUCAAGCAGCUGAACAGAAUGUGGACAAAGAAGUGGAGGCAAAGAGUGUGAGUGCGGACUCACAGACUCCAGCUCAAGCAUCUGAACAGGAUGUUUCAGAAAAGGAGCUACAGAACUUGAGUGUUACCACUGUAAAACCCACUACAGAAGAGGAAACAUCAACUCGGACAAGGGAACAGAAAAUAGAGAACAGAGAGAAGGACAUGGGAUCGAAUACAAGCGUGACAACCACUGAAUGCACUGAAGACUUGAAAACUCCACCUCAAGUCUCUGAAGAAAAAGUGAAUAAAGACAAAGAGAAGCAGAGCGUGACUUUAAAGACUGUUGAAUGUCCUGCAGCUGAACAGAAGCCACCUCAAGCAUCAAAACUGAAGGCUGCCCAAGUUAAAGAAGAACAGGAUGAAACCGUGGAGCCUGUAGCAAAUCUGAAAACUCCAACUCAAAUCCCUGAGCAAAAAACGGAUAAACCAAAAGGGACUGCAGUUAUGAAGAACACAGAGGACAAAAAAGAGAAGCAGAAAGUGACAGUAAAGACCACUGAGCCUACUGCUGCCUUAAAGACUCCAGCUCAAACAUCAAAGCAGGAGAUUGCUUCAAACCAAACAUCUGAACAGAUGAUGGAUAAACCAGAAGAGCUGCAGAACACAACUAUGAAGAUCACAGAGGAAAAGAAAGGAAAGCAAACAGUAACUUUGAAGACGACUGAACAUACUGAAACUGUAGAGAAUUUACCUCAAGCAUCUAAGCAGGAGGUUGCUCAAGUUGGAGAAGCGCAGAAUGUAACUGUAAAACAUGCAGCAAAUCUGAACUCUUCAACCAAAACGUCUGAACAGCCGACGGAUAAACCAGCUCAAGCAUCAAAGCAGGAUGUUGUCCAAGAGCAGAAAGUAACAAAUGAACCUGUAGCAAAUCUGAAGGCUUCAAACCAAACAUCUGAACAGAUGAUGGAUAAACCAAAAGAGAUUCAGAGCAUGAAGAACACAGAAGAAAAGAAAGAGAAGAAAAACAUAACUGCAAAGACCGCGGAAAAGAAUCCACCUCAAGCAUCUAAUCAGAAGAUCAACCAAGUUGAAGAAGUGCAGCAUGGAAUAGCAAAUCUGAAAACUUUAACUGAAGGGUCUGAGCAAAAAAUGGAUAAACCAAAAGACCUGCAGAGCACAACUACAAAGGAUAAGGACAAAGACACAAAGACUCAGUUGCAAACAUCUGAACAGAAAUUGAGUGAAAGUGAAACUGGCCCUACGCCCUUAGAGUGUCCUGCAGCUCUGAAGGCUCCACUUCAAAUAUCUGAACUAAAAUCUGACAAAAUUGAGGACAUGCACAGUGUGAGUAUGAACACUACUGCAGAUUGGCAAACUUCAGCUAAAGUUAAUGAACCCACAGUGGAUAAACCCAAAGAUGAGGAGAGUAGGAAUCUGACAGCUUCUCAGCAUACAUCAGACUCAAAAGCUCCAACUCAAGUAUCUAAUCAAGAAAUGGUUAAAACUGAACAGAUGCUCAACACUAAUAUUGAGACUGCAGAGAAUGCAGCAUACUUGGAGACUCAAUCUCAGAUUUCUGUACAGAAAGUAAAAACAACCAAGGACAAGACUGAACUGCUCACUGGACAAACUGCAAAGUCAAAAACUCUACCAUCUAAACAGGAGGCGAAGCAAACUGAGGAGGUGAAGAAUACAAGUGCUAAGGUUGUAGAGAAUACUGCAGACUUAAAGGAUGCACCUCAAGUAUCUGAGCAGAAAGUAGAAAAAGCUAAAGAAGAAGUGCAGAGCAUGAUUGUGAAGGCAAAGGAUGGUACUAAAGACUUGCAUACUCGCACUCUAGUAUCGGAAAGGAAACUUGACCAAGUCACCCAGAGUUUGAGUACAAAGACCGAUGAACCUACUGAGAAAUCUAAAGCUAAAGAAGUCCAGGCUGAGGAAGUUAAACCGGAAGACCAUACUGCAGACACUAAAAGCCCUAAACCCCAACAGAAAUUGAACAAGACAGAAGAGACAAAAGAGGCAGUUUUGACCACAUCUUCAACACAGAAUCAGGACAGUGGAAGUGUACUAUCUGGUAAUUCAACACAAGCCCUCGCUGCUGUGAUCAGUGGGGAAAAAUCUGGCCAGAUUGAAACCAAACCAGCACCAGAAACCAGUGUGUCCCAGGAGAAAAAACUAAAUGGAAAUUUCUCAGCAGACACGGCUAUCCAAUCAGAUAAGCCAAGCCAAACAAAACCAGGACUUUUCAAAGAAAAGACUCCCUCAGGGCCAUCUAUCGCAGAUAAGGACAGAAACGCUGCUGCCAAGAUUGAUAAAAUAGCACAGAAACCAGCAGCCAGUGGCCACAAAAAAGCCAAAGAACUUGAAACUGAAAGCUCUGAGCAGUCUGUCAGACCACUGAAGGGUGCAUCAGAGACCUCUAAGCAAGCUGAUUGCAAAGAACAAAACAUUGUGGUAAAUGGUUUUGCAGUGAAUGCAGAAACCCUAUUAAAAACCACGACUGCUGCUCAAAUAGAGGAAGCCGGCCACAAGAAACCAAACACUGAUGCUUCACCUCAAGCCAGUAAAGAUGAAGCAGAAGCAUUACAAAAGCCAUCAGAUAAAACAGCAGUGCUAGAUGCUCUUAAAUCGGCCACCACUGAACAAUUUCCGGAGAAAGAUAAACCAAUCGACAAACCAAUUUCUCACCAAGCAGGCCAAUCCAAAACAUCAGCGCAGGUGGCCACCCAUAUGGAUAAAAAGAGUGAGGUUAAGAAAUCCAGGACCACAGAUGAUCUGAAAACCAUCCAAAAACAAAAACCUGACAUCACCAAAUCGCCGACUAAGAUUACUGAGACUGCAAAGGAUGCACCAUUUAAGAAACUGCCGCCACCACCUAACAAAUCCCAACAGAUCUCAUCCCAGGACCUUCCGUUGUCCUCUAAAAAACUCCUAAAAAGCAAGGAGGCUCCAUCCAGCUGGCUGGAUGUGGACCAAGGAUUUGAGAAGAAACAAAACAAGAUGGAGCGAAGAAUGGAUUGCUCUGCAAGCGACGAUGGCCUCUUAGACACUUCUGACAAUUCAGAGGACUUCAUACGCAACAUCAAGGAACUCUGCUCGCCGUUCUCUUUACCUCCAAAAAAGCAUGGCCAGACCAGGAUGAUGACACCUGCUUUUGCAAUGCCUGCCAUCAAAGAAGAUCGUUUUGAGAAGACCUUUGAUCCUGAGGAGUUCACGUUUGGGAUGCGGAAGACCACCGGCCCAAAAGAUCCAUCUCCGGCCAUGCUUAUCAAGAAGAAAAAUGCGGAAGCAAGAAGUAAACAGCUCCCCAAGCGAGUAGGGACUGAAGAUAGCUUGCUCUUCAAAACCCUCUCCUCACGACGGGGACAAGACAAAACUGAAGAAGAGAAUGCUGCAGAGGAGAAGCAGAAUGGUGAAGAUCAGGGUACUACAGAUGGUUCUGCAAAGAUCUCUUCACGUUUGGAAAGAAUGUCCAUUCUGUCAAACCUCAUGAGCUCUUCAAGGAACCAAAGGAAGUCAUCUCAAACGGAGCCUGAGGCAGAUGCCAUUGGAAUUGUAUCUCCCACCUUGCCAUCACAACAAGUUCCAACACCAAGUGAGAGGAGCCCAGUGACGCCAUCUGAAACUGUCCUCCCGCCAAGGGGGGAAGAAGAGAACUUGUCAGAUCGAGGUGCGCUUGUUAUAGGUGGGUCUGGUGAGUCACUGAAAAGCCCAUCCACCCCUCCUCCUGUUCCAAGCUUCUCUGAAGUCAAACUUCCUGACUAUCUUGAGAAAUACUUGAAGAAAGAAAAGGAAGCCACUGCUGCAAGUUCUAAAAGCUCAGAAGCUCAUUCUCUGUUACUAGCAAUGGAAGUGGGUGGAAGUAUCUCUGUUGCAUCAGGAGGCAUAUCUUCCAGUUUGGGCCAGAAGAUUUUGCCCGAGCUUCCUCAGCCAGUUUCUCAGCAAAAGCCACCAACACAGACCAAACUACCUUCUCCAACACGCACUCAGAUAACAACAGUAAGGAGCUUUCACAAACGCCCUGGAAAGCUGGUAAUCUUCCAGCAAGUCCAGUUUGGAGGUGAGGCGUAUGAGGUGUUCAGAGACGUAGAGGAUGCCACCUCAUUACAGCUGUCCCCCAUCAUCUCCCUCAAGGUCGUCAGAGGAUGCUGGCUGCUUUAUGAGAAGCCAGGUUUCCAGGGCCGUAGCAUCGCUCUAGAAGAGGGGCCAUCGGAAGUGGUAAACGAGUGGGCGGAGACAGACCCUGGCCAGGAGGUUGGGCCAAAUGGAGUGCCGCUCCCAAACAAGCCAAUAGUGAUUGGUUCCAUUCGAUUGGCUGUGAGGGACUACAGCCUGCCUAAGAUCGAGCUGUUCACUGAGCCCAACGGAAUGGGCAGAGUCUCGCCCUUCUGCGACGACACGGUGGAGGUCUGCUCGUAUGGACUUCCACAAAGCACUGGAUCCAUAAAGGUCUACUCUGGAGUUUGGAUUGUCUUCAGUGACCCAGGUUUCCAGGGAUUGCUGUCUGUGUUGGAGCCGGGAGAGUAUCCCUGCCCCGAGUCCUGGGGCUUUCCCGCCCCUUUCAUUGGAUCACUUAGACCACUCAAAAUGGGUGGUAUAAAAGUGGAAAAUCCAAAAGAAGUCAAGGCUGUGCUGUAUGAGGCACCUCUGUUUGAAGGAGCCUGCAUGGAGAUUGAGGAGGACGUUUUUGAGAUUGGUGAGGUGGAGGAAGAGCAGAUACAGAAGGAGAAUGGUACUGAAGAUGCCGGUGAGAAUGGAGAACUGUCCUUAGCUAUCCAGGAGAAGAGACUGACCUCUGUUGGCUCCAUGAAGAUUCUCAGUGGCCUGUGGGUGGGCUACACAGAGCCCGGGUUCGAGGGCCGUCAGUAUGUACUGGAGGAGGGUGAAUACAUCGACUGCUCUGAAUGGGGAGGGCUGGACAGCCCACUGCAAUCCCUCCGGCCUGUACACGCUGAGUUCGUAUCUCCUCAACUAAAGCUGUUCAGUGAGAGAGACUUUGCAGAGAGGAGCCUGAAUGUGGACCUGCUGGGGCCGGUCAUGGCCAUGGAGGACACCGGCUACGGCACCAAGACCCAGUCAGUAGAGGUCCUGUCUGGAGUAUGGGUAGCUUUUGAGAACGCUGCGUUUUCUGGUGAGAUGUACGUCCUGGAGAAAGGUCUGUACGGAAGCCCAGAAGACUGGGGAGCUCUAAACCACAAAAUCUCCUCCCUCCAGCCUGUAUUUCUGGAUCAGUCUGGAGGACAGCCCAGAUUUAAGAUCCAGAUGUUCUCUGAGCCUGACUUCCAGGGAGAAGUUGUGGUUCUAGAGGAGAGUUUGGCGUUCCUGCCGGAUGGGUUCUGCCCCCGUUCCUGUAAGGUUUUAGCUGGAAGCUGGGUGGCGUUUGAAGGGCCUCAGUUCACAGAGAACAUGUACGUGCUGGAGGAAGGAGAAUACAGAGACACUGAGGCCAUGGGCUGCCUGAGACCUGACUGUACCAUCCAGUCUCUACACACUGUAGGACAUGAGUUCUCUCUUCCCUCCAUCACUCUCUUCUGUAAGCUGAGCUUCAGGGGGCGGAAGUUCGUUCUGACGGAUGGAGCGAUCAGCCUGUCGUCGGCCGGGAUCGAUGGGCGGGUCCAGUCCCUGUUGGUGAACGGAGGAAUGUGGGUGUUAUAUGAAGGGAAGAACUUUCAUGGCCGUCAGAUUUUACUCCAGCCCAGUGAAAUUGGUGACUGGAGGAAAUUCAGUGGCUGGCAACAAAUCGGAUCCCUGCGACCACUACUACAGAAGCCUACGUAUUUCCGCCUGCGUAGUGCAGAGACCGGCUGCGUGAUGUCCCUGUCUGGACCCCUGGAUGACAUUAAGCUGGUGCGGGUGCAGGUAGUGGAAGAGACCGGAGGUGAUGAACAAGUCUGGCUCUACCAGAACGGACUGCUGCGCUGCAAGCUUGUGGAGGAUUGCUGUCUGGAGACAUCAGGCAGUGUGAUGAUGGCAGGUGGACGUCUGAACAUCUCUCCAGAACACGGCAAAGAAAACCAAUUCUGGAACGUCACAGCGGACGGCCUGGUCCGAUCAAAUCUCAAGCCUGACCUGGUGCUGGAGGUUAAAGGUGGUCAACAGUACGACAAAACCCAGGUGAUUCUGAACACUUUUGACGAGAGGAAGUCCAACCAGAGGUGGACGGUGGAAAUCCUGUGAUGGUGGAUCCACACAACUGACUGGCCUCUACAACUUACGAGGUCGGGCUGAGGGAGCACAGUGCAAUAACUUCAGCUGUGGGCCCUGUGGUGCAGCUCCAUGAGGGGGACUAUAGAGCAACUUCAACCAUUCCAGAAGGCCCCACAGCAGAGCUCUUUGUAACAAAGGGCUUAAAGACUGUGUAACUUUGUGUGGGACACUACAUGCCAGACAGCAUGUCUACGAGUGCAGCACUUCACAGACUUCACUAAAGUCCAAGGACUGCAGCAAGGUUGUUGAAGGCCUGCUAAUGUAAGUUGUAAAGACUUUGCUGGUUACAGCCAGAGUCUGUCCUAUUUCCACACUCAUGAGUUCCCCUAGGAAUAUUCUUUUUUUGAAACGCUCAGAGUCCAGUUCUCCCCACGGACUAAUAAAUGAAUGUCAUAUGUGUAGUACCUCAACACAGCCACGGGUGGCGCUCAAACACCACUGAAUACAUGCCCAGCUGAAUGGGAGACUGGAGCUUUUCUACAAUACAUGCACUUGCUAAUGAAUAUGUCUGCUGCCAUUGACUAGAAGCAGUCUGUUAUUUAGCCCGUACUCCAGAAUAAACGAGGUCUGUAAAAGAGGUCUGUAACGAAAGGAAUCACGGCUGGUGACAUUGUAUUUUUCUCUUCCUGUUUCUCUUCAUAAAGUGCCUUACUUUAUUUUCCUAUUGUUCUUAAACUCCACUGGUUCAGUAUAUAAAAAUGAAACUUGUUUGUUGUAUAUUUUCUGAAGCUGUAAAGAUAUCUGUUACAUUUGUAUUAGCAAUAAAAUGUAUUUCCCUCAUUGUUAA